CGUCUUCCUCCUCCAGGCUCCCGGCAGAUUAAUUAAUUAAUUAUGCAUUUUUUUCCCAUCCAGUUAUUGGAUUCCCUGAGCAAUAAUAUAUCACACGCAACGACGACGACAUCAUCAUCUCCUGGAUCUCUUCCGAGAGGCAAUCCCACCACUGGUUGAUCAGUGAUCGCAGCUUCACUUCACACUCCACCAACGCCGCAGCCAGCGCCGGCGAAUUCGCCGCCAACAUCGAUCCCUAUCCGGCUUGGCACAACUUCUCCCCUUCGAUGUCGGCCAGCAAGUUUCAGCAGCAAUCGAUGCUCACUCUCAGAGGCUCCCUCCUCUCUCUCGCAAUCCUAACCUUCGUCUCCCUCACUUACCUUUCCCUCAACUCUCUUCACUCCUCGUUCUCCUCCUCCGCGCAGUCCUCUCCCGCCGCAAUCUCAGCCUCCGGGAAGCAGAUUAUUCAGCCGCUAAGAGAGACGGAGGCUUCGGCGGGCCAAGAAGAGAGCGGAAAUGCGAAGGAGGACGAGGAGGUAGGGAGGAGCAAUGGCGACGACGAGAUUACGGAUCUGUACCAUUACCCGGAGGUAUUCAAGUUGAAUUACGCGGCGAUGGAGGAGAAUUUCAAGGUUUAUAUCUACCCGGACGGUGAUCCGAAAACGUUUUAUCAGACUCCGAGGAAAUUGACGGGGAAGUACGCGAGCGAGGGUUACUUCUUCCAGAACAUUAGAGAGAGUAAGUUCAGAACUGAGGAUCCGGAUCAGGCUCACCUCUUCUUCAUCCCGAUUUCAUGUCAUAAGAUGCGAGGCAAGGGUACUUCGUAUGAAAACAUGACCAUAAUUGUUCAAAAUUAUUUGGACGGCUUGAUAGCCAAGUAUCCUUACUGGAACAGGACUCUCGGCGCAGAUCACUUCUUUGUCACAUGUCAUGAUGUUGGUGUAAGAGCAACUGAAGGUGUUCCAUUUCUUGUGAAAAAUGCAAUUCGAGCAGUUUGCUCCCCAAGUUAUGACGUUGGAUUCAUUCCACACAAAGAUGUUGCACUUCCUCAAAUUCUGCAGCCAUUUGCCCUCCCUGCUGGAGGCAAUGAUGCUGAGAACAGGACUACUCUUGGCUUCUGGGCUGGCCAUAGGAACUCCAGAAUUAGAGUUAUACUGGCACGUGUUUGGGAAAAUGAUACGGAGCUCGAUAUUUCGAACAACAGAAUAAGUAGGGCCACAGGACAUCUCGUGUAUCAGAAAAGAUUUUACAAGACUAAAUUUUGCAUAUGCCCAGGAGGUUCGCAGGUCAACAGUGCUCGAAUAACAGACUCAAUCCACUAUGGUUGUGUUCCUGUGAUAUUAUCCAACUACUAUGACCUGCCAUUCAACGACAUCAUUGACUGGAACAAAUUCGCUGUUGUACUGAAAGAGAAAGACGUGUAUCAGCUGAAGCAGAUCCUCAAGGACAUACCACAUGAGAAGUUCCUCGAGUUGAAUAAGAAUGUAGCCAAGGUACAGAAGCACUUCCAGUGGAAUUCACCACCGGUCAAGUACGAUGCAUUCCACAUGGUGAUGUAUGAUUUGUGGCUGCGUCGUCAUGUCAUCCGAUACUGAAUGUUGAAACGAGAAUAGCUUGUAAAUUUUCACGUCCCUGGUCGUGUCUGCUGCUCACUAUUGUUUGAUUUGUUCUUUAGACUUUUACACAUUCGAAUACCUUCCACAGUUCAUCUAGGCUGUAGAUCCUUUGCUGUGUUGUUUUUCUCCCCCCUAUCGUUUCGAGCUGUAACAAGGUUGUAACAUGAAAAAGAGAUAGUAGACAGGGUGGGAGAGAUUGGUUCUUGGACAUCUUAUAGGAAUUUCGGAGCAUCUGUGUCACUGUUGACCUCUUGGCUUCUUGUUGUUCAGAGGAGUAAGCUUUGGUUCUUGAACUCAUCAGAAAGAGCUUCCCAAAUCUCGAGCUCCUGGUGGGAUUAGAGGCCUGGGAAGAAUUGGCAUUUUACUGUUAGAUCAAUUUUCAUAGUUGUUUGUAAUACGGAGAUUUUAUGAACUAGUUAAAAACUUGAAAGCGUAACAAGUGCAGCUGACGGGUACACUAUCUGUGAGAACCAUGAGGAGUCUAUAUGCACUGUUUAUUCCAUUGCCAGCAUGCGACUAUAAUUUGGACGUCUUCUG